AUGGAGCCCCGGGUGGUGGCGGAUGCCGUGGAGGCGGGGGAGGAGGACGUGAUUAUGGAGGCUCUGCGCACGUACAACCGGGAGAACUCCCAGAGCUUCACGUUUGAGGACGCCCAGCAGCAGGACCGGAAGAGGCUGGCGGAGCUGCUGGGCUCGGUCCUGGAGCGGGGCCUGCCGCCCUCCCGCCGCGUCCCCUGGCUGCAGAGCAUCCGCAUCCUGUCCCGGGACCGCAGCUGCCUGGACCCCUUCACCAGCCGCCGGAGCCUGCAGGCCCUUGCCCGCUAUGCCGGCGUCGCCUUGGAGGAGCCGGUCCCCGAGCCUCUGGACGUGGACGUUGUCCUCGAGUCCCUCAAGUGCCUGUGCAACCUCGUGCUCAGCAGCCCGGUGGCGCAGGUGCUGGCGGCAGAGGCCCGCCUGGUGGUGAGGCUGGCAGAGCGCGUGGGGCUGGGCCCGCAGACCAGCUUCCCGCACGACGUCCAGUUCUUUGACUUGCGCCUCCUGUUCUUGCUCACGGCACUGCGCACGGACGUGCGGCAGCAGCUGUUUCAGGACCUGCAGGGGGUGCGCCUGCUGACCGACGCGCUGCAGCUGACCCUGGGACUGAUCCCGGGGGAGAGCCCGCCCGAGCUCCUUCCUCCCCAGGAGACCGAGCGGGCCAUGGAGAUCCUCAAAGUGCUGUUCAACAUCACCUUUGACUCCAUCAAGAGAGAGGUGGACGAGGAAGAUGCUGCCCGUUACCGGCACUUGGGGACCAUCCUGCGGCACUGUGUGAUGGUCGCUGCUGCUGGAGACCGCACGGAGGAGUUCCACGGGCACACGGUGAACCUCCUGGGGAACUUGCCCCUUAAGUGUCUGGAUGUCCUCCUUACCCUGGAGCCGCGUGAAGGCUCCCUGGAGUUUCUGGGAGCCAACAUGGAUGUGAUUCGUGUUCUCCUCAGCUUCCUGGAGAAGCGUCUGCACCAGACGCACAGGCUGAAGGAGAGCGUGGCCCCCGUGCUGAGCGUGCUGACGGAGUGUGCCCGCGUUCACCGGCCCGCCAGGAAGUUCCUGAAGGCACAGGUGCUGCCCCCACUGCGGGACGUGAGGACCCGGCCCGAGGUUGGUGAGUUGUUGCGGAACAAGCUUGUUCGCCUCAUGACACACCUGGACACCGAUGUGAAGAGAGUGGCCGCCGAGUUCCUGUUUGUCCUGUGCUCUGAGAGUGUGCCCCGGUUCAUCAAGUACACGGGCUACGGGAAUGCCGCCGGCCUCCUGGCUGCCAGGGGCCUCAUGGCGGGGGGCCGGCCUGAGGGCCAGUACUCGGAGGACGAGGACACGGAUACGGAUGAGUACAAGGAAGCCAAGGCCAGCAUAAACCCAGUGACCGGGAGGGUGGAGGAAAAGCCGCCCAACCCCAUGGAGGGCAUGACGGAGGAGCAGAAGGAGCAUGAGGCCAUGAAGCUGGUGAACAUGUUUGACAAGCUCUCCAGGCACAGAGUCAUCCAGCCCAUGGGGAUGAGUCCCCGGGGUCAGCUGACAUCCCUGCAGGAUGCCAUCUGUGAGACCAUGGAGGGGCAGCUCUCCUCGGAACCUGACUCUGACCCCGACUGAGGACAGCAGUCGUCUGUUCUCCCUACAGAACUGGUGCUGCUUCCAGAGAUGUCUUGGGACUGUGACCCGGGGAAGCCACGUCCCUGUCUAGCUUGGAGAUCCCUUGCUCUUUACUUCCAAAGUUCUGUUAAUGAUUUGUUUCUGGUCCAAUUUCUUAUCUGUAGGACUGUGAGGGCCUUGUCCUGCUGCAACUCUGGGAACUCAGCCUUGAUUUCUGCAGCUGAAGUAGUCUUGUGUGUGCAGGGGCUGCUGCCUGGGGACAGAGCUGGGCGUGAGCACACGCAAGCAUGUCCACCUCUGGCGGGCUUUCCCAGAGCUUCCAAGCCAAGCCAGUGCUGCGGUUCACAGGAAAAGAACUGGCUAGAGCUAUGUGUACUAAUGUCAGAAACAAAUUUCCAAGGUACGCUCUGCUCUUCCUGUCCCCACUGAGCUCAGGAUUGGUAGCCUCUUACGCAUCCGUGGUCCUUGCUCAGCUGUCUACUGUAGUGUCCACGGCGCCCAAGCUCUCACUGGUUGUGACAGUGGACUCCUGACCUUCCCACUGGUGUAGACCAUAAAUAGAUGAAGGGAAGUGUACCUUGUAAAGCCCUAAGUCUGGAUUUCUGUCACCUGCCACAAAAUGUCACAGAUGUCACAGAAAACAUCAUCUUGGAAUAAAGAGUUUCAAGCAAGA